UCGAUUGGAAUAUAAAACUAACAUGAAAUUAAAAACCAAACUCAAUUUGCUAAGAAUAAACGUAAUAUAUGUGAAAACCAGUAAUAAUUUCGAAUCUAUGUAAUCUUAUUGAUGGCUGAAUUGCAUAUAAUUGGAGAAAUAAGCAAAGCUAUUGAUUUUGUGGAACCACAUAUAUAUUGCAAGUGGAGCUUACAAAGCGGAUCUGCGUGGAAACUAAUACAAGGUGAUACUGAAGGCCAGACUGUUAUUGGAACCAAUCGAUUGUAUCAAACAUCUGAUUUUACACAACCAUUAGAUAUACACUUAACCACAGCAUCAUUACAAGGUUGGCCGAAGCUACAUGUAGAGAUUUAUGCUGUUAAUGUAUUAAAUAAAAGCUGGCCGGUCGGUUACGGCUUUGCACAUAUUCCGACAAGACCGGGCACGCACAAAUUAGAAAUACCUACUUGGAAAAUCGCGCCAACAUCUUUUCUUGAAUCGGUGCAAGAAAAAUUUGGUGGAGGAGGUUUGGCUUUAAGUAAAGCUGAUUUAGUUUUUACAGGACUAGAGAGAUAUAAACUGCAGACGCGUACAUCUGGAAAAAUUUUGAUUGACUUAUAUCUGAUUUGUCGUAAUUUUGCCAAAUACGGUGUUGAAUAUCAAUAGGCAAUUAAACAAUU